AUGGAUGCUGUUAAUGGAGAGGAAAAAUCGGAUUUGAUGUCAGAGGUUCAAGCAAAAAAAGUUAAUAAAGAUAGGAUCAGUGCAUUACCAGAUGAAGUCAUUUGUCACAUCCUUUCGUUCCUUAAAACAGAAGAUGUUGUGAUGACCAUAUUUCUGUCUAAAAGAUGGAAGAACAUUUGGGCCUCUGUUCGGAGUCUAGACUUUUGCGACACAGGGAACCCUGACACUAUUUCUUUUUCGAGGUUUAUUGACAAUGUACUCUUCUUCCGUGACUCAACAGACAUUCAUAAGUUUCGGCUCCAUUCCAUUAGUGUUGAGGAUUUUGAUCGUGUUUGUGGUUGGAUUGGCGCAGCCGUUAGGCGCAAUGUUGCUGAACUUAAUCUUUCUGUUAAUUAUUAUGGAGGUGAUGAGGACCACCCUCAGAUAUUUGAGUUGCCUCAGAGUGUUUUCACAUGUAAAACUUUGAGGGUUUUGCAGUUGUGGUCAAAUUUUAUUGUUAAUGCUCCUGCAUCAGGGUGUUUUCCGAAUCUCAAGUCUCUCUAUGUUCAUUUUGAUCGUCCUGUUAACAACUCAAUGGAGAAGCUCUUUUCUUGCUGCCCUGUGCUGGAAGAUCUGAGCAUACAUGGAACUCAUGGCCGGUAUGGAGAUGAGGCCGUUUUGAAUUUCACUGUAUCUGCACCUGAACUGAAGACACUUAAAGUACGUUGGACGACGCAAAAUGAUUAUGAGAAGUGCAACUUUCUUGUUGUUGCCCCAAAGCUUGAAACUUUUCAUCUCUGGCUGUACCCUUCAACUGAUUGUUAUUUGGAGAAUGUAAAAUCUCUAGUCAGAGUUACUAUUGCUCUACAAGACCAUGUGGCAGAUGAAGAUCGUCUGUUUUCUAUCCGUGGAACUGCGCUUUUGGCAGUAAUUUCCAGUGUUAGACACUUGUCUCUUUCAGCACAUUGUUUGAAAGGUUGUUGUCUUCCUGUCUUUGAUAAGUUGAGGCGAUUGGAGCUUGCUCUUUACAAUUGCUAUUACUGGGAACUGCUAAAAGUGCUUCUCAGGAGAUCACCUAGACUGGAAUAUCUUGUCUUAGAGCUGAAAGACUUCAUGUGUCCCGGAGCAUCUUCAGAUCAUCAAUGGAGUACCCCAGAUUCGGUACCUAUCUGUUUGUUGACGCACCUCAAGACUGUCUCUAUAUGGGGAUUUAAAGGAAAACCAGAUGAGAUGGAUGCAGCAAAGUACUUGUUAAUGAAAGGUUUGAUGGCAGAGCUUGAACCAAAAAGAGUUAAAGAUAGAAUUAGUGCAUUACCAGAUGCAGUUCUUUGUCACAUCCUUUCAUUCCUUUCAACAGACGAAGCUGUGGCUACCUACAUUUUGUCUAAGAGAUGGAAGAAAGUUUGGGCAUCUGUUCCAAAUCUCGACUUUGAUGAUUCCAACAUAUCUGAGUCUGUUCCUUUUUUGAGGUUUGUGGAUAAUGUACUGUUCUAUCGUGACUCAACAGACAUUCAAACAUUUCGUCUUCAGUCUUCCUGCAUUGAGGAUUUUGCUCGUAUUCGUGGUUGGAUUGAAACUGCUGUUAGGCGUAAUGUUGUGGAACUUGAUAUAUCUGUUGAGGAUUAUGCAGGUGAUGAAGAUCACCCUCGGGUUUUGGAGUUGCCUGAGAGGGUUUUCAGAUUCAAAACGCUUGUGAAUUUGGUGUUGCGUUCAAACUUUAUCAUCAAUCCUCCUGCAUCAGGGUGUUUCCCAAGCGUCAAGUCCCUCAUUGUUUAUAUUGGUCAUCCUGUCGACAAAUCUAUUGAGAAGCUUUUUUCAUGCUGCCCGGUACUUGAAAAUUUGUACAUAAAUGGAUCGCAUGGAAUGCAAAGAGAUGAUCCCAUUCUGAAUUUGAAUAUUUCUGCGCCUGAAUUGAAGACCUUAAGAAUAUUUUGGUCAUCAUAUGAUGUUUAUGAGAAGUGCUUCAAAGUUACUAUUACUCUCCAUGACCCGCUCCAUGACAAUUCUGCAGAUGCAGAUCAUCACUUUGCUAUCCGUGGAACUGCGCUGCUGGCAGGAAUUUCUAGUGCUAGGUCCUUGUAUCUUUCAGCGCAUCGUUUGAAAGAGUGCUGUCUGCCUACUUUUGACAAGUUGAGCAGAUUGGAGUUGAUUCUUUACAAUUGCUAUUACUGGGAAUUGCUGAUACAGAUGCUCAAGAGAUCACCUAAUCUGGAAAAUCUUGUCUUGGAACUUAAUGAAUGCAAGUGUGGAGAAUCCUCGGAUCAUCAAUGGAGUCCACCACAGUUUGUGCCUAGAUGUUUACUGUCACAACUCAAGACAAUCUCUAUAAGGGGAUUCAAGAGUAAAGUAGAUGAGAUGAAGUAUUUGUUGGAAAAUGGGGAAGUUUUGAAGAAGAUGACUAUUUACUAUAAUGAUCAAUUGUGCAUACAAGAAGAGUUACACAAGCAAUUAUCUAUCUUUCAGUGGGGUUCAGAGACUUGUCAAGUUGAAUUUUUAUCAGACAUAAGAGAAAUAAAUUCGGCCUCUUUAGGUAUGUUCUAG